AUGUCUGCCUCGAUCCCCGGUAACCGGGAUCUCCCCGUCUCCCAGUAUGAUCUGACUACCUACUGGGGCCGCGUUCGCCAUGCGGCGGACAUUUCUGACCCUCGGACGCUGCUCGUUUCGUCCUCGGGUUUGGAGCAUGCGAAGCAGCUUAUUUCCUCGUAUAAGCAAAACAAGAUCUCUAAUAUGAAUUCGGAGCUGUGGCGGGCGAAGAAGGUUAUCGACUCGACCCUUCACCCCGAUACCGGCGAACCAGUGCUGCUGCCCUUCCGCAUGUCCUGCUACGUCCUCUCCAACCUGGUGGUCACUGCGGGCAUGCUCACCCCUGGCCUCGGGACCGCUGGCACUCUUCUUUGGCAAAUCGGCAACCAAUCGCUCAAUGUCGCAGUUAAUAAUGCCAACGCAAACAAGUCCACCCCGCUCUCCAACUCCCAGAUCGCCAAGUCCUACCUCAUGGCUGUCUCUGCUUCCUGCUCCGUUGCCCUGGGCCUGAACGCCCUCGUGCCUCGCCUCAAGAGCAUUUCUCCCAACACCCGCCUUAUUCUCUCCCGCCUCGUCCCCUUCGCGGCCGUCGCCAGCGCCAGCGCUCUCAAUGUGUUCCUUAUGCGCGGUGAGGAGAUCCGUCGCGGUAUCGAUGUUUACCCCGUUCUGUCGGACGAGGAGCGCGCCAAGCGCGAACAGUCCGGCGAUGAUGCUGCACCUCUGGAGAGCCUUGGCAAGUCUAAGAAGGCUGCCACUCUGGCCGUCGGCGAGACCGCUAUCAGCCGAGUCCUGAACGCUACCCCGAUCAUGGUCCUCCCGCCUUUGAUCCUGGUCCGUCUGGAGAAGACCCAGUGGCUCCGUGCUCGCCCUCGCAUGAUCUUGCCCCUUAAUUUGGGCCUGAUUCUGGGUACCUCCAUUUUUGCACUGCCACUAGCUCUGGCUGCCUUCCCUCAGCGUCAGGCUAUCAAUGCUGCCACUCUUGAGGAGGAGUUCCACGGCCGGGGUGGUUACGAAGGCAUGGUCGAGUUCAACCGUGGUAUGUAA